AUAUCAUAUAACCAAAUUUAUUAGCUACCGAUUCAAAAUUUGAUUGAAUUCAAUAACUUACUUUUUCAAUACUACGUAAUAUAUGUAUUUAUUGUUAAGAAAGUUUAAAAGCUGUUUUAAAAUUUAUAAUUUACUAUGAAUGAACAAAGUACUGCAAAACUAUGGGUGAUAAAAUUUAUUUUAAAACUAGCCUAUCCAAAGUUCAACAGUUCCACUUUUCUAGUCUUUCUUGCAAUAAAGUACAGAAUUCAUUACCAUAAAAAAAUAAUGAAAGACGUCAUGGAUAAGUUUAUACUCAAAACUGUUCCUACGUAUAUUCAAAGAAUUCUAAUAAAAGACCGUCUUGAAAACAGUCUACAUCUUAUGCAUAAAUGCCUUAUUAUUUCAAAAGAACAAUAUAUUCAGUUUUGCAGUGAAAAUCUAUUUUAUAUAGAUAAUGGAGCAUUGUGGCUUGCAUUGAAAUUAAGUUCUGAUUGUAAAAACGAACAUAGCAACAAACAAAAAAGCUCCAAGGAGAAGUACAAAUUUAACCUUAAUUUUUUAACUCCUGACAUGCACAAUAAACUAUGGACAGCCAACAUAAAAGAUAACUUAGAAAAUAUUAGAAUAGUACCUGUUGUUGGUUCAAAAUUUGUAGAAGAAAAUGUUGCUCUUAUAGCAGAGAAUGAAUAUCAAAAUAUUGCAUCAACAUAUAAUUUAGGAAAUUGUAAUAAUAUUGAAGUUACCUUUCAUCCAGUGCCUACUCUUGAAAGUUCACCUAAGAUAGCAGCAACAGCUGAAGUUAGUCUUAUUGUUAAUGAGUUUGAUUUAGCAAAUGACUUUAUAAAGGAGGUUUUAAACAAUCACUUUGAAGUACCAAAGUUAAUAAGUGUAAAUGACAUAUUUAACAUAGAACUAACACCUAAAAUUACUGCUGCAUAUCAUCAUAAAUAUUUAGACUUGGUGGAAUCAAAUGGCAAACUUUAUUUCAAAUGUAGGAAAGUGAAUGGUGAUGAUUCCAAUACUGUAAAAACUGAGCUCAGUGUCCAAAAUAAUGUAAUACAAUCAUUUUUUAUAAUAAAAGGUGUAACUCAGUUAACUUUAGGUGAAAAUAUUCACUCAAUAAAACCAAAAGAUGAGUAUUUCAGGCUUUCAAAAUCUGAGGAAAAUGUACAAAUACUGAAAUUGUGUCCUACUGGUUUGAGAGAAAAAUUUGAACAAAUUCAAGAAGCCAUCAGUCCCUUCCUGUCUGGAGAAAUGAAUGAUUUAUCAUCUGUUAUGACAAGUCCCAUAAUCCCCAUGCUACUACUAACUGGAUCCAUCGGUUCAGGAAGACAUUUACUUGUUAAAACACUAGCAAAAUACAAUGGCUUGAACUGUCUACAGAUAGACUGCAAUGUACUUCAAAGCUCCACAGCUAAGCAGACAGAAAGUAAAAUAAACUCAACAAUACAAAAAGGAAAAGCUGCAGCUCCUGCCAUAAUUCUAUUGGACAAUUUUGAGGUAUUUGCAGUAGACCCUGAGAACAAUGAAGACUGUCGAAUUAUAGAAUAUUUUAUGAAUAUACUUAAUGACUUGUAUUUAAAUUAUACAAAACACCCUAUCAUAUUUAUAGCUGUUACUGAGAGAACAGAUCUAAAACCAAACAUAUUAAGGAUAUUCCUUGAAAUAUUCAAUAUACCACGACUAAAUGCACAACAGAGGUAUGAAAUGUUGCAGUGGUUUACAUCUGUUAUGCAACUGAAUAUCAAUGGGGAAGAACACAAAUCAAAUAAACAAAGCUUAUUAAAUAUUGAAGAUUCAAAAGUUUCUUUAAAUAAAAAUUCAUUAGAUGUCUUGCAAAGGGUUGCAGCUAAAACAGAAACAUUCCGUUAUGGUGAUAUUGAUACAUUAGUACACUUUGCCUUGAGGGAAUCUUAUUUAAAACAACAUAAUAUUUACAAUCAAUUACCACCAGACCCUGAUUUGCACCUUGUUCAAGAAGAGGAUUUUGAUUCAGCAUUAGAAUCUAUAAGAAAUCUACAAAGUCAACACUUGGAUGCACCUAAAAUUCCAAAGGUUUAUUGGGAAGAUAUAGGAGGUCUAGAGAAACUGAAGAGGGAACUUUUGAAGACAAUAGAGUUUCCUAUCAAGUAUCCACAUUUAUUCAAGAAUUCAACUCUUAAAAGAUCAGGCAUAUUACUGUACGGACCUCCCGGAUGUGGCAAAACAUUAGUAGCCAAAGCAGUCAGCACAGAACUGAAUGUUAGUUUUCUAAGCGUUAAAGGUCCAGAAUUAUUGAACAUGUACAUUGGACAAUCAGAAGAAAAUGUUAGAAAAGUGUUCGAAUCAGCGCGCGCAUCGUCACCGUGCAUAGUCUUCUUGGACGAGUUAGACGCGCUGGCACCGCGGCGCGGCGCCGCUGGCGACUCGGGAGGGGCCAGCGACCGCGUCGUCAGUCAGCUACUCGCCGAGAUCGACGGCGUCGCCAGUGGAGAAGAUGCCGAUAGUUCUAGUUUGGUGUUUAUAAUGGGCGCUACGAAUAGGCCCGACCUGUUAGAACAGUCACUGCUGCGACCGGGCCGGCUCGAUAAACUCGUAUAUGUGGCACCUUACAGUGGCAUUGGUGAAAAAACUUCCGUAUUAAAAGCACUUUGCAGAAGCCACAACGUACGGCCGGAUGUGCAGCUGGCGAGCGUGGCAGCAGCCCUACCGGAGCGGUGCUCGGGCGCAGACUUGCUGCGUGUCGUCUCCACCGCACGCGCCGCCGCUGUACGCGCUCUCUUGCGAGACCUGCACAAUGGAUUAAUAAAAGAGAGUGAGCUAAGUACAGAUUCAGUGAUCAUUGGUGUCCCAGAGCUGACGGAAGGAGUGGAAACAUUCCGUCCUUCGAUCACCGAUGAAGAGUUAGCCUAUUAUGAUUCUUUAGAGUCACGAAUGUAAUUACACUACAUAUUGUUUUUAAUUAUAGAAUCAUUUCUUGGUAACAAAUAUUAACUGAAUGACUGGAGAAAUUGAUAUAAAAAGGUACAAAAUAGCCUAUGUGUUGCAUGCCAAGUGCUACAUGUAUGUAUGUGUAUAAUAUAAUUAUACAUUUAAAAAUCUACUAGAUAAUAAUAUAAAUUCUUGUACUCAAAUGUAAUGGCAAAUUGUUGUAAAUUAUCUUUACAGCUAGAUUACUGCCAGACCAUUUCUAUAUUGAUAUGCACUUUGCUUGCUUUGCGUGAAUGUGUGUGUAUACAGUAUGUUCAAUUUUCAUUCCGGGCAAUUCAGGACUUGUUUAAAGUUGGGUAUGGGUUUUAUUUUGGAUUUUUAAACAUGUGAUAUCAAUUGUACCUAGGCAACAAUAUAAUGUAUAAGUGGAAAGGUACAUUAAGUACAGUGUAAAUAAACGUAAUUGCUGCUGUAACUUACAUAAAAAUCUAGUCUAGCUUUCUGUACUAAAAUAGUAAGCUAAUCCGGUUGUUAUUACAUUAAAAUUAUAUAAAAAUAUUGAUAUAAA